UUUACAAGAGAAGAAGAAAUUCAUUUUCGUUUCUGAUUCCGAUUUAAUAUAUGCCGACACAAUAGGGUUAACUCCACUGUUUACUCGCAAAGUUAAAGAGAAGGGAAGGCGCCGCGCCAGUAAUAGUUUUCGUUCCGCUUUAUUGGUGGACCCGGAAGUUCAUAUUUUGGGUAUCAUAGCAACGAUUUUCACUUCCGGGAUUUAUGUUGACAUACGAGAGGCGAAGAACUGAGGUAACCACCAUACGCAAGGUCCUCGGUUUUUGGAUCUGUUCACCGAUGACAGUGCUAGUAAUGCUGGUUCAGUUACGAUGAAUACUCCACGUCAUGUCAAGAAGCAGAUGCAGAUUUGGAUGAGUUCUCGAGUUUUCAUAGAAGUGGGCGUGGUCGCAAAUAGCUCCAAGUUAACAAGCAUGUGUCUAUUCUAUUGUUACUGAUGACACAGAUGACAAUUUAGGUGUUUGCUGACUAUAGACAUGGGUAAAGCAUUUACCAAGCAGGAGACUUUACCCCAUGUGAGGCCAUCCACCUCUCGACCAGCUUACCAAGUCCUGUAUGAACACAGUGGAGGUAGCUCCCUUGCAUGUGAUUGUCUUGUGUAUGGAUUGCAGCCUCACUGCACAGAAAACAGACAUUUCCAUGCAGCUAUUGGAAAGUUUGGAGAACUAAUUGUCACAGAUUUGUCAUAUAAAAGGAAGUGGAUAAUAAAGACAACUAUUGACAAAAAAUGCCUUAUACCAAAGAAAGUUAUGAGAGGCACUGGUCUCAUUCAUUGCACUGUGAUUGGUUUUAGUAAAGGCAUUGCUGUGGUUCAGUGUUUCUUCCAGCGAGCUGUAAACUUCUUUAUAUGUGACAUCAAUAAGCAAAACGUUCUUUGUAAAUUUGAGAGGAGAUACCAAGGUCAAGAGAAGUUGCACUUGUUUGAAUGUUGUAUGAGUAUGGAUCUUCAGUACAUUGUACUAAAGAAAAACCCUCUUUAUCAACCUGAAUGUUUUCUAGAGUAUGAACAACAUGAUUUUAUCUUGUUGAAAAUGUCAGUAGAUUUUUCUUGCUGUAAAGAAGUCCCCCUCCCAGAGAUGUCUUUUGAGAGAAUGUCUGUUAUAUUUGAUCCUGCUGUUCCAACAAAGUCACUCAUUGUGGCAAGAAUGAACACUUGUGGACCUAAAUUAUGUCGGAUUAUUCUGGAAGAUUGUACAACAUCUGUUACUGAAGACAUUGCCUUAGGUUGUGCAGCAGCCCAUGACAAGUUUUCAGUUCUGCAAAACGUUCAUGACCAACGUUUAAUCAUACUAUCUGUGCUGGGGGAUUCCACAAAUAAUCCAUUACCUGCUAUCUGCAAGAAUUUCAAUGUUACGAACUACAUGUAUGACUUGAACUUACAGUUUAAAGGACAAUUCACAUACAUAUCUUCAAAUGGCCUCCAUCACUUUGCACCAGUGUUUUCACCAAGUGGACAAUUUCUCUCAUGUGCUCAGCAAGUCCUAAGUCUUGUCUCCUCAUUCCGUCUAAAGACAUUGAAAGAAAUAUGUCGUGCAUCACUUCAAGAACUUGUCUUAUCUGAAGAUAUGGUAAAACUGCCUUUGCCUCCAUCUCUUGUUCGAUACAUUCAGGGUUUUGAUGGUGCUUGUCAGAUACAGCAGUGAUUUCAUUGUGCUGUGCAUGAAGUUAAGGUUAUGCCCCCUGAUCAAUAGUGCCAGGUUUUGUCCUGACACAAGCAUCCUCGUACUUUAACUAUACUAGUUCAGGGGGUAGAGCGAACUGUAUUUCUUUAGUACACACUGCUUCCGUACGUAUAACAUGCUGACAUUUUUCCUGCUAUUUUCUCCCUUGUGCCCUCGUGCUGUGAUUGUUGUCAUCAAUUCUGAACAGUACCUUUUUGUCCGAACACCCUGCAUCACAGGCCUUUAGUUGUAACCCCGACUUGUAUGAUGCUCAGAUAGUUCUGUUUCACUGGAACUUGGAAGUCAGAAAAUGAGAUUACAGACCAUCUCUCCAUGCGAUAUCUUUUUCCUUCUUGUGUGCACAUGCUCUGUAAUAAGUUCUGUUCUUUGAGACCCUUUUAUCAGUACAACCUGCUUGCCGUAUUUCAGGACAUGGAAUACUCCAAUACCCCUGAUAAAUUAAAUAAAAAGAAUUAUCAAACUAAUCAUUGUAAAAGCUUUUCAAAUAAUUUCCAAAGUUGAUACAUCUGUAUGAGCCCUGCAGGCCUGUAUUCAUUUACACUAACAGUUGUAGUGAAACAGUACACCUUCGUAUGUCUUAAUUAUGAUCUCUGUUUUCACUAUAUUAAAGUGCACACAUAUUUAUUGAUAAGGGACUGUUCAUAAUGUAUCUCUAGGGGUGAUGAUGAUUUUAUGGAGAAGCAUGUACAAUGUGACUGCCCCCAUUUUAAAAAAAA